AUGGGAAAAUUUUUUGUUGAAGGACCAUUUACAAAUGAUUUUGUUGAUUGGCUUGAUUCUAAAUCUGAAUAUGGUAGUAAAAUGUUUAUCAAUGAUACUCUUUUAUAUAGUCAAUAUAAUACUUUUGGUGGAAAAAAAUCAUUUAAUGAAGUGAUAACAAAAGUUCCAAUAAUCUUUUUUCAUGGUAAUAGUGAUGGAGCACUUAAAAUUGGUGAUAAUGAAUUUAAUAGUGGAUGGAGUGAAGUUAUAUCAACUUUAGUAAAAUAUGGUUAUAAAUCAUCUUCAAUGUACGCCUAUACUUAUGGUGAUAGAAAUAUUAAAUUAGCUCCAUAUCGUCAAAUGGAUUGUGAUUUAGUUACUCAAGCUAAUAAAUUUAUUACUGCCGUUCUCCAAUAUACGGGAUCAAAAAAAAUUGAUAUUGUAGGGCAUUCAAUGGGUGUUUCAAUUGCCAGAAAAGCUAUUCUUGGUGGUAAAAUUAAAAGUGAUAAUAUAGAUUGCCCAACACUUCCAUUAUUAAGUGACAAAAUUCGUAAUUUUAUAUCUAUAUCUGGUGCACAUUAUGGAAUGUGUAUUUGUUCAAAGGAUAUUUCAAGUUUUGUUAAAUCUUGUUCUAUGGAAAAUGGAUUUUAUUCAGGAACAAGAUGUUCAACAGCACUAGAUAAAUAUAGUCCCUGUAAUUCUUUUAGGCAUAUUGAAGGAGAAUGUACAACAGAGGAUUAUUCAGAAUUUCUUAAAGAUAUUAAUAACAAAAAAAUAAAAGAAGGAGAAAAUAUUUUAAGUAUUUGGUCUGAUGAUGAUGAAGUUCUUGGUUAUAAAAAUUUAGUAUGGGGAAGAAAGACAUCACUUCAUCCUUUUUCAGAUGAAGAGAUAAUAUUUUUUAAUAAAACACAUCAUCAAACAAAAAAUGAUUCAGGAUUUUAUAUUUAUCAAUAUAUUAACAAAAAUAUGGUAAAUUUUUAUAAAUAA